AUGUCCUCCAUCUUUGUCGUGCCCUUGGACCCGUCGUCCCCAAAGACGAGCUCUGCCGACGGCCUUGACGUGGAGAAGCUCUGGUCGUCCCUCCCACAGGGCCCCAAACCACCCAAGGCCGGCAGUACGAACCUCUUCUUCAAUACACCCUCUUCUGGGUCCCAGAAUAUCACCGCGCUGGCCUCCCUGGGGCCGUCGUUUUCAAAGCACUCGAUGUCGGAGAACACAAAGCGAGAGCUUAUCAGGACUGCCAUUGGUAGCGCUGUCCAGCAGGUCAAGGCCCUCGGCGAAGGCAUCAACGGCCGUGAGGUUGCGGUGGAUGUCGCCGCAGGCGAUGCCCAUGCCGCUGCCGUCGCGGCGCAUCUCGCCCUUUACGGCUUCAACCUCAAGACGGAGCCUCCUUCCUCGUUUUCUCCCAACAACCAGAAGCCGUCGCCGCCUCGACUGUCUUUCUCGCCCAUCCCGGCCAACGCGGAUGAGAAGGCGUGGCAAGAAGGCGUCGUGUAUGCCGAAGCGCAGAACCUCGCGCGUACGCUCAUGGAGCUGCCCGCGAACAUGCUCACGCCAACUCACUUCUGCGAGCGCGCCAAAAAAGAGUUUCAGGGUGUUGAUGGCGUCGAGAUCAUUGUACGGGACACAGAAUGGGCUGCUCAAAAAAGCAUGAACAGCUUCUUGUCUGUUACACACGGCUCUGCGCAGCCCGCCAAGUUCCUUGAAAUCCACUACCGCGGCGCGGCAGACAGGAAUGCAGCACCCCUUGUCUUCGUUGGCAAGGGCAUUACGUUCGAUUCUGGAGGCAUCAGCAUCAAGCCGAGCCUAGGCAUGAAGCUUAUGCGAGGUGACAUGGGUGGCGCUGCGACUGUCGUGUCUGCUGCUCUCGCCAUUGCGAAGCUCAAGGUUCCCAUCAAUUUGUCCGUCGUCACGCCACUCAGCGAGAACAUGCCUGGCCCGUCCGCGACUAAGCCGGGCGACAUCGUAUACGCUAUGAAUGGUAAGAGUGUGGAGGUCGAUAACACCGACGCUGAGGGUCGUCUGGUGCUUGCGGACGCCCUGUACUAUGCCUGCACGGAGUUCAAGCCGACGACCGUCGUCGAUGUCGCAACUCUCACUGGCGCCAUGGACAUUGCCCUCGGCGAGAUCUUCACAGGCGUAUUCGCCAGCUCGGAAGGCCUCUGGAGCGAACUCGAAUCGGCGGGACAGCGCGAGCACGACCGCUUCUGGCGAAUGCCUCUGUCCGAAGAUUACGCACCACAGAUUAAGGGCUCAAACGCGGACUUGUGCAACACGGGCGGCCGCCCCGCAGGCUCGUGCACAGCUGCUCUCUUCCUGAAGUCGUUUGUCCCAGAUCUUGAGAGCGAGGACGGCGAAGGCAGGGUCCGCUGGGCACACAUCGACAUGGCUGGUACGAUGGAGGCGACCCGCCAGGGACCGUACCAGGAGAGGGGCAUGACUGGUCGUCCCACCAGGUAUGUGUUCGUGUAUCCUUGA